AGUCUGCAUUUGUCCUAAUCCGGAUCAUUCCAAAGGAAUGCAACCCUAGCUAUGGGAUGGUUCUUUAUCUAGGGGAUAACACAUGUACAUCCAAUUCAACCUCUGAACAACUGGGCCCUGGAAGGAUUCCAAGUCUUGUCCAGUUUUAGACCUUGCACCAGCUGACCACAUACUUAAAAUGGCCAUUAAAAAAAAACACUAAAGUAAAUUAUUUUUGUCUACUCAUCAUUAUCAGAUUAGAUAAGAGAGCCUCUUGUGUCCUAUUUCAAAAUAUUGUAGGCUAAUGUAAAUAAACCUUUUUCCUGCCAGGCCAUGUCAUUUCAUGAAAGAAAAGCAUGGGAAAUGGAGAUUACUAAUGAUUGCAUUUAAUUAAUAAGCUCUACCUAGUUGAUUAUUUUAAAUAUUAUUAAAAUCAUAUAAUUGUAAUUAUACUUUAAAAGGUGAUAUACCAUUUCUGCAUAUGGGAAUGCUAAUAAAAUGUCUUGUUAUGUCAUUUCCCUCCAUGACCUCAGCUACACAUUGGAUUGCUUUAGUUUGCUUUAAGUAUUUAUACUUGCAAAGAGCUUCAACCUUCUGAUUUUUAGUCUCUUUCGCAGACACUCAGGUAGGAACGGCUUUGCGUUAAUCCUGACAUGAGCAACUGCGAAGGAGGCUAACUGACUUUUAGCAAACCGUACUUGUCAAGAGGUGAAAAAUUCCAGAGACCAAAUGAAUUUCCAUACCGAUUAGCUUCAGACCAGAGUGGAACAAAACCUCAGAAUAUUUAAGUCCACAAUGGUUGUAGCCUGCGUGCAGACAUCUCGUCUGGCAAUUAAGGAAAUAGGAGAUGUCUCCAACCAGGGGGCCGGGGGGGGGGGAACCCCCAUAUGAAAGUGAUGGGGAUGCUCUUCUGAAAGUUAAAAUUAAACCCCAAGGGAGACCAAUGUGAGUGUGGCUCAAGCUUAAACUGACCCCUACAUUAAAGGAGACCAUACUAAAACAGACAUCACAACAUUUUUUGUAAAUUUCUUUAUGCACGGCCCUAAGCCAUACCUGAAUGAGCAAAUAUAGUUACUUUCUGACCCAAACACGGCCUAAGCGAGACCAAAACCUGUAAUUUACACUCCUAGGCAAGGCAAGGAGUAUCCCCAUCACUUUUAUAUGGGAGACCCCCAGCGUCUCCACCUAGACUACAAUGGAUAAAAUCUUUACCCAUUUUCAGACGAAGAAAAUGCCUGCGAAGGCUGAGCAGAUAACUAUAGAAUUGUGCCUUAGACAUCAUGACUUUCUAACAGUAAGGUGCCAAUUUUGGGGGAAUUUUCCACUCACACAUCCAGCAUGUAAAGGAAAAAAUUAAUUUUGGAUUCAUUUGGUAAUGCUGAAUCCAUUAGCUUAUACCAGACCAUUUUAAGCUGUAAUUUUGCCACCAAUUGUUAGAGUAGGUUGUCUCUUAACAAUCUGCCCUAACUUAUCCUUAUAACGCUCCUUAGUUAUUAAUUGCAACUAUAACAUUAAGUUUCUCAAAUUUUAUUGGCUAUCAACUGUCCCAAUUUCUGUACUAUAUAAAUAGGACAGUAUGCAUCUGAUGCCUGUAAUUGGACAGCACACCACUGCAAGCAAGAAAAACUUUCGGAAUUUCUUGUGUUUGAAUUACAAAAACCUAAAAUAUCACAAAUUUUGUUAUAGAUGUUGUCCAAUUCGGUCUGUAAUUAUACUCGUGAUUAACAAAUUGGACUUCCGUUACACGGUUGUUCAAUUUUGUUAAUCACUCUUAUGAUUACAGACUGAAUUGGACUCCACUCAGUCCUAUUACCAUUUUUUGUUGGCUUUUUUGGAAGAAAAAUUUUGAUUUUGCAGCAAAGCUAACUUUAUAAUAGUUUCAUUUGCUUAACUCAAUUUUUAGAAUAAAAUUCCAUUUGUACUGGUUGAUGUAGAGGAAAACAAGCCACCAGAUUUUGCAAAUGUAAGUCCUCUUGGUUUGGUUCCACUGCUACAAGAUGGAGAUCUCACUAUUUAUGGAAGGUAAGGGUCAGCAAACUUCAAAGCCAAAGUAUCUAAACUAAUAAUAUUAAAGCAUGCAGCUUAAAAGAGUACACUCUCUUCUAGUGGUUUUGAAAGCCUCUUAAUUUUUAAAAAAUACACCUCCUGCAAUAUUCUCUUUAAAAUAACCCAGUAAGAAAGAGACCUGGAGGUCCAAAGAUUUCUUAAACCACGGCCUAAGUUAGACUUCAUUAAUUUUAAAAAACCAACCCACAGAGUUUUAUGUGUGGAGCUAUUUUUAUUUCUUUGUAUUGUAAAUGCGCCGCCGGCAACUGCAGCCAUCCUAGAGCUUUACUGCCGGCAUGCCUGCGAAGUUGAACUUGAGUCAACUUCAUAGGCAUGUCAGCGUUAAACGGACUGGAAUGACCAGUGUUGCCGGCGACUUCUGUUCUCAUAUCGAGACAGAAUCUUAGUUAGUACCGGCAGUUAUGUCGCAGGUGCAUCGGCAGCUAAUGAGAACCAGGCUUAAAGUUGGAGGUCAUUCAGCUGAAGAUCAAACGAACAAAUUCAAACUUCCAGCACCUGAAUAAGCUAUACUGAAUCAGUACAUAAUUAUGAAGUGUUACAGUCAUGGUUGAUAAGUACAGACUAUCAUAAUUUUAAGACUAACAGGGGGAGGGUAGAGGGCCUAAAAAGAGAAGAGGCUCUUGAGUUAAUAACUUCCUUCUCCUGGAAAGGGGUGGUGGGGAGGGGGGAGGGGCUUAUUUUAGAGGGGGGUUUAAUAGAGGAUUCAAGCUAUGCUUUUAAGAGAGAAAAUGUAUUACGUUCACCAAUUUACCAUUUUUGUGUUAGAGAGCAAAGCCAGCUUACAAAACUGGAGUUUUUUUAUCUUGCUUUGUUCAAGGGCUAGUUAGCCUUAAUCCGAGAUAAAUUUUAAACAAACCUGACAAGUAUUCAUCGUGACUAACCCUGUAUUUGCUUAUUAUCUUUUGAACAAGUUAGCCUCGGUUUGAAUUCUUACAUCAUUCUAACACGUCUCCAGAGCGCAGUCUACCCUCACAAUUUAACAUUUCAGUCCUUUAAGCUUGCAAAUGAUGUACAUUUGUACCGCUGGGUUAAAAAGUAUACUGAUUAUCCUGUUUUUGUUUCAGCCAAGCCAUAAUAUUUUACUUGGCAGAGAAGUUUUCGAACUAUGUAAGCUUUGGAAAAGGUGAUGAAAGACCGCAUGUGGAGUCCGUCAUACACUGGGCAGCAACCACACUUCUAAGGUGCUAUAACAUGAACCGUGGCAAUGCUCCUACAAAAUAAGUAGCCUUGAGAAAACAGCCCACAUUUCACAACACCACCAGGAGGAAAGAGCGCAAAAAUUGCAUACUGAUGACUUGUCACUACCCAGAUCUGGGUAGUGCUUUUGAUUGGUUGUUACAAAUUUCCCUUGGGGCACGACCAAUCAGAAGCACUACGGUACCCAGAUCUGGGUAGUGUCACGUCCUCAGUAUGGAACUUUUGCGUUCGUUCCUCAGACGUCACUUCGUGGGGAAAGCAGUGGUGCAUCGCGAAAUGUGGGCUGUUUUCUCAGGCUACAAUAUAACGGCAGCUAAAAAUCUGUUAAAUGUCUGUUCACAGAAUAUAUUGUUGCCAAGAAAUUAUAAGCGACCUUAAGAUUUGACUAUGCGUAGGACUUUGGAAUUUCGAGCUGACUCCAGUUGCUCAAAAUAAAAAAAAGGUGCAAAAUGCUAUCCACUGAAUAAAUUUCCAUCCAGUGGAAAGCACAAUUGGUUUACUUAAUACUUAUCCGCUGAAUAACGAUUUAUCUGGUGGAUUGCGCUAUCCAACGUUGAAACAACUGGGAAGAGAAUUAUAAGUCUUCGUUGUUGCUUACUGACAAAUUAAUUAAAUACCGUAAGUGAGCGUUACGAUUGGUUGCACAUGAAUUUGGUUUGAAAACUGGUGCCCUGAGUACAGUCUAAAGGUCGAUGAUUAGCUGCAGAAAGGCUUAAAACUUCACUAUAAAAAUAGGGAAUUUAACUCACUAACUUUCCCACACCUGGUUAAUCUUGUAUGAAUACUAUAGGAAGUGCGUUUGACUUUUUAUUUCCUCUAAGAUGGAAUUUCAGUAAGUGGGAGUGACGAAUCCACAAAAUAGAAUGAGUAUGCAUUAUUGAAAGGGGGCACACUAGACUAUAGACGAUUAUUGCCGGCCCUACAAAUGUCCAGCUGUCGUAGCCUUUCAUCAGUAGGAUGCCCAGCCUGAGAAAAUGGUCGACAUUUUGCGACGUCACCGCUGGUUUCCCUGCGAAAUGAAGGAAAUUUCCAACCAAUCGGAAGCACCACCCAGAUCUGGAUAGUGACGCGUCAUCAAUGUGAAAUUUCUUCAUCGCGAAAUGUCGGCUUUAUUCUCAGGCUAUAGGAUGCCUAAAACGUGUGCACUCCACGAUUGGUUUCGAAUCCAUUAACUCGUUCGCCAAUUGCGAAGCAUUUUGUGGGGAGCCACCCACAAUGUGAACACAAUUACUGAUACGACAUAUUACUGAAAAUACAACGCAAAACAAAUCUAUAAUCCGUUACAUCACUGAGAAACCAGGUGAGCGCGUCAACCAAAGCACGCUCUCGACUUAAAAGUUGUUAAAAAUAUUUUUAUAGGGACGUCGGAAAUAACUACGUUUAUCCAAGUUUAAACCAAGCAGAAGACGCGUUAUCCAAAAGAGCCAACAUAUCUCUAGUUGAGUUCGCAAAGACUGAGGUGAAGUUCCAUCUGGAUACCCUAGAAAAACACUAUUUGUCUCAGCGUAAGUUCCUCUGCAGCACAGCCGCUCCCACGCUUGCCGACAGUUGGACAGUCAUGGUUUUGUCGCUGCUAGAACUGGUCUCUUUUGAUCUCACUCAGUGGCCAAAAACAAAGGCAUGGAUGUGCUCUAUGAAGUCAAGAAGUGAUUAUGUAGAUGUGAGUUACAGCCACGAAGAAAUGGUGCGAAAGUGUGUUUGUAGCUCGAGGAACGGUGUCCCCGAUCAAACGAAGAUCUGAGCAGACGCUUAAUCAGAGAAAAGACAGUGCCCGAUGUCUUAAGAAGACUGCCUUACUCUUACUUUUUUCAAUUCCAGAAGUACCCAAGAUCAAAAUUGAUGAAAAAACAAGGAAAGUGAAACCACAAAAUCAUGGACUCUGCAGAACUAUUUUUGACUAAGAUGUUUUAGCCAAGCCAUAACCAUGAAUUUUUCCACAGCCAUAAGUAAAAGUUAAGUCGUAAGUUUUAGGAUCGUGAUAAUAAUAGCUCUUUCAAGUGGAUCCGCAGCGUUAUUCCCACAUCAUAUUGCACUGUUAGAUGGUAUUCGAUCCAUUUGAACAGACCUAAAAGUUAAAACUCAUUCAUCAUCCAUCACCGGUCAAGAAAAGGAGUUCCAGUCCUGCAAAUAAUUUGUGUUUUCAAAGGGGAAAUUUGUCGGACAAGGUCAUCGUUUUAGUUGGAAAAACCAGAAAAAUUGUCGCACAUACAUUAUUAAAGUUGACUUUUAAUUUUGUUUAUCGCUAUGUAACUACUGAACUCUUCAGCUACAAAAAUGAUAGACUUAUUUGAUUAGUCCGGUCAUUAUGUCCAGCCCAAGUAGGAUUUCGUUAGUCGGAUAUUGCAUGAAUAAAAAACAAUGAGUCAAGUACUCAAAGCGGGUUCAAACCGUUAGACUGAAGGGGCUUUGUCUUUGCGAACAAAAAUCAAUUUCGCCUAACUCAGAAAAAUAUGAGCAACAAUGGCAAAAAAAGUCAUUCAUUCAUGACUUAAGUCGGAUUUUCACUGUCUCGAAAUUUUUACGUGAGUGCACAUGUAAGUGUUGCGCGCGUAAAUGAAAUAGAGGCAAUGUUUGGAAAGUCGCGUGUAAACGUAAAAUUUGAUGCUAUUUCAUGAUAUGGUCUCACAAGAUGAAAUGAAUUUGAAAUAUAGAAUCUAGCAACAACCAACGACACAGUUUUUUUCCCAUCACCUUUUUUUAUUGUUAUUAUCUUUAUCUCUCAGUUUAUCGCGUUUAUACUGUUCAUUGCCAUUCUCUCAUCUGGCAUUAAAGGAGCAAUGUUGGUCUUAAAUAUAGGUUAAGUACUUUAAAAAAAGAUCGAGGGUUUCUCAGCAAUUAAGCGGUUUUCGCGUAUUUUCCAUGUCCCAAAAGAGAGGAAAUUCAUACUGAAGUGUGUCGCCCCACGUAAGAGAAUCCGGAUUCUGGAAUUCGCGAAAUUUUUGCUUAUGGAACCAGAAUCCGUGAAUCUCGCUCAAGGAAUCCGGAAUCCCGCUGACGGUUUGAGUCCAGACUCCAAGGUCCACAGACCUUGGAGUCCAGAAUCCACAAUCCAGAAGAUAAGAUUGUCUUGGAUUACCUUACGUGAGGUGAUGUGUGUUUCCCUGUAAUCAAGAAAUAUAGUUGUCAUAACGACCAGAUUUACUCGAAAAAGCGCCGCGUCAAUAUAUUUUUUUGCGGCGGUUUUUCGUUGCGCUAGUACUUUGUGAUGUUUCUUUCAUUUUAGUUGUUUCGACCAAAAAUAAUAAGAAAAGCAUACAAAAUUAAUUUAAGUCUAUAUCCCGUUCGAAGUAGUCAUCAUAGUAAUGCCAAAAAAUAAACAAUCGAUGCAUUGUUGAUGGGAGGGGCGCUUAUUUGUAUUUGUGCUUCGAACUAUGGAGUUUAAUUAAAGAAGGCGCUCUUUCCAGUAAAUACAGUAGUCCUGAACAGAACUAUUGGCCAAAAUGACUGACGUUUCAAUAUUUUUUGCGGGAGUCGUCGAGAAAUGCAUCACAACGCCUAAUAAACUCUGAUGGAAAAAACUGAUUAUAUCCCAUACCAACCUAACACCUUGCUUACUUCUAACGGCAGUAACCCUAAUUAUUUAAAUUCUUCUACCCACUCAUCAUCUCAGACUGAGAUCGUUAGUGGGUUUAAGAAUUUCUGAGAUUCUCAGAUGCCCGUUGAAUUUGGAGUUUUUCAGCACACUUCACGGACCAUUGCUUUUCACUCGCCCUUAAAAACGGUGGGUCACGUGAUGUUGUCUGGUUCCCCGCGUGGCGGCGAAGCAAUUGCUGCUUUGGCAUUUAUUAACUACCAACAAAGAAACAAGAAAUACAGUGAGCCUUGUCACUUGUAUCUCCUCAGAAAGGUUUUUCUUUUUUUUCUUUGUUGGAAAUAACCCCGUUUUUCGAUGCUUCAUUCGUACUACACUUUAACGCCAGUAGAAAUUUUUAUCCUUUUACACCACGUGACCAAAAAAAACAACAUCAUUUGAGCUUUGUUUUUUUGAAACGUGAGCGUUAAAAAAACCAACUGUCCACGCGAAGAAGCCUAAAAAAUAAAUCGCCUUUCAAAGAACGUCUGAGAUGGUUUACUUAGUAAUUUAUCCCUGGUAAUAUAUGAUGAUACUGAUUUCCUUGUUUGAGUUUGAUUGGCCGGGCUGCCGUUGUUUUCACUCGUUCUCCUCUCCGGGCUAAAACAAAAGCAACAAACUGCGUUAUUACGGUUCAGGUUGUAAUUAAAAAGGUACGAGAUUAAAGAGACUUUAGAAACAGUGGUUUAGCAGUUUAGAAAAAAUCCACCCAUAGCUAAUCGAGCAUAUAAAUAGAAAAAAAUGCUCAAAACAGUAAAGGAACACACAUGUAACUUUGUAAAUACAAAAGAAAGCGCUGAUGGACAAAAACGGAGAA